AUGUCUGACCAGCAAGCCACCGGACAGCAGGACGGUCUCGACAAGGGUGUUGAUGCCGCUCUCAAGAAGGCCGGCCACGGCCAGAACGCCUCCACCACCGAGAAGAUCUCUGACGGUGUCCGAUCUGUCUUCAAAAAGGCUACCGGCAAGGACGUCCCCAUCCAGGACAAGCAAUAA